CCACAUCUCUCCUGUACUGAGGACUCCGUAUCUGGAUGCAGUACUCCAGGAGAGACCUCACUUGCAGAAUUUCUCAGCUACUUGGAGCUGAGUGGAUGACAACUUUGAUUAUGAUGAGGACUGUUUAAAAGGAAGUAGGAGUUUCUCUGAGGCACUCUAUAAAACACAUCAGUUUUCCAGGAUUACAAAGCAGUGGUGCUGCAGUAGGGAACUAUUGAAACUGUGAGACCGUAUGAUUUGAGAGAAGAUAAAUGCAAAAUACAGCUUCUGCCUGGUGUUACAAAAUCACUGUCAUGAAAUUUCCUGGGAAUGUAGUACAGCCUCUUUUGUCAAGUCUUGUCAUGAAUGUUACAGACAGGAGGGAGUGGGGUGGAGGAGGUACCAGUAGACAAUUAGCUGUGUAACAAUUUCUUGCCAUAGCAGUGGGGUGAAUCAAAUGUGCCUCAGCUGCAGGACUUCAGGUUGAGAGAGUGGAAAAUCCUGGAAGAAUAAAAAAUUAGAGGUUGACUCACAAGGAGAGAAGCGGUGGGCCUAAGACACCCAUUUCUGAAGCUAGUCUAGAGGGAAAAGAUCCUGAGGGACUCAGAGGAUGCAGAACACCACAUCAGAGUGAUGAAUGUCUGUGUGUGCAAGGGAGAACAAGGAGGUGGAAAGUUAUCCCAGAGAGCAAAAGGAGAUGCUUCCCUCUAUCUCUGUGUAAAGCAUGAGAAGCCAGGCUGUGAAUGGGUUUAAAAUAGUCCCCCAUGGGACUGUGGGUUUCUGCUUCUGUGCAUGGGUGUCCACAAAAUGACCACCUCUGCAUUGUGGUAAUCUAAACAGCAGCUUUUUCUUAUCUCUGAAAGCAUAUUUUGUCCUAUAAAAUGCAUGAUACCACGGUCCCACACUCCACAGCAUUAACCCUGCCAACCACAAUGCAGUUGGCAAAGUUAGAGCUCUAAAAUAAAAGAUACUUCCACAGGAAAAUCCACAUUAGGAUGAGAAAGGAAGAUUGUUGGGAUUUGAGCUUCAAAUCUAUUUUCCAUAUCAGAAAUCUGAACGAAAAAUGAAAAGAGAUCACUAUCCCAUAGUCCAUUCUUGAUCUAUGGCAGGGUGGGAUAUCAAGAAACACAAGUUCUCUUUAAAGAUAAGAAUGAAUGACAUUCUGUCACCCUUGAAUGGUUUGGAGUGAGUGUGUGAGCGUGUGUGGUUUUACCUGUUUUUAAGUAAGUAGAAACUUUGGGGGAAAAAAACACCUUACAUUAUUUAAUGAGUCUAUUUGACUGACACACUGAAACUGCUUUAUUUUCCCAUGGGAAAGGAAAACAGGAACCUUCUUGCUUUAGUCAUUAUCCCUCAAAAUAAAAUGCAGCUAUAUCAAGGGCAGCUUUAGUAGGUGGAAACAAGAACAGCUCCCAGGGCAAAAAUCUCUAGAUAAAAGUUGAACAGUAAAUGCUAGUGAGUAUACUGCAUUGUAAGGUCACUUUAUUUUCUAAGAAAAUGCAUCAUUGGUAUGCAUACGAUCCACUGAAGUUUAGUAAGUGUUAAUUUAAUUUAUAAUUUAUUGUUAAUUUAUAAUUUACAACCAAUAUGAAAAGGUUAUUGUAUUUCACUGAAGAUCACAAAUUGUCAUCAAUAUGGAGACUGUCUGAUAAAAGGUGAGUUUACUGCCAAAAUAAAGAAAGAGAUACUGACAGCAAUCAAUACAGAAUAAGAGAGAAAUACUAGCAGAUUAUACCUCUGAUUUUGCAAAAAUGUGGGAAUAUCCCCUGCUUUUCUUUUCUUUUCUUCUUUUUUUCUUCUUCUUUUUUUUUUCUUGGUACACCUUUUGAAUGUUAAUGUUCAGCUGAAGAUGGUUUCAGACAGCCUGCACGGCUCCUGCUGUACUCAGUGAAGCAGAAUCCACAGAAGUGUUGCCGAGGCAGAACUGAAAUUAUAGCUUCCCUUUAAAGAACUACAGCAUUGUCAGAUAAUUACUUCUAACACACGAAUAUGAUUCUCAUUCCAGUUUGUUUUAUUUUUUUUGGAAAAAAAAAAAAAUCUAAGGCUUUAAAAGGCAGGUUUUGAAGUUGGGUGUUCACCGAUGCCUUUGCAGUCCUGGUCUUUUAUGCUUAGAAACAGAAGAAAUGUAGGGAAGAAUGGAAACUAACAGUACAACUUGUAACUACCUGUAACUGCUGCAGUGGGAAGUGGGUCAAGUUUCCUCUCAACUAGAUAAAGAUAACGAAGUGUAUCUAAAUGGCUUCUACUAUGGCCUCAGCAAACUAAUGAUGAAAAGGAGGAGACUGUGGGAUUAUUCGUUUCAUCUUCCCUGGAUGAUGGACGGAGAGAUACUCACUGCCACUUUGGUGCCAUCUGGGAACGUGACACCAGAUUCUAGCAUGACCCUGGAACAGAAAACAACCUUUGCCUUUGUGAUUUUAUUAUUUAUUUUCUUGGGAAUCCUCAUCGUUCGCUGCUUCCGAAUUCUCCUUGACCCCUACCGGAGUAUGCCAACCUCAACCUGGGCUGAUGGACUUGAUGGGCUGGAGAAAGGCCAGUUUGAUUACGCUCUUGCUUAGAGACUGAGAACUAUGGAGGGUUAUUUAGCACACCAGUAAUGAAAUACAGUUUCUGGAAUGUCUGUUUGUUUUGCUUUUGUGUUUCAUUAUAUCAAAUGUUAGUAAUUACAACAUACAAAUCUGCACAAAAAUGGAUUUAAUCUUUUUAAAUUAAAUCUCAAAGCAAGUUAACAUUUUGAAAGUAGAUUAGUGAAUCUUGUUGUAGGAAAAAGAGGGGUGUUGCAUUAGCAGAAUGUUGCUUCAGAACGCACUGGAACAGUAUGUAGUGUAUGUGAUCUCUUAUAAAUGAAAGAAGUGUUUUCUGGAGUAUAUGUUAUCAUUAAAAAAAUGCUGUGGUGGAAGGUGCCUUGUGAAUGCUGUAAGAAUGUGAUUUUAUGAAUUAUAUAUAGCAAAUAAACCUCCGU